CGAAGGACGAAGUCCUCGAAGGGUUCAUAUAAUGUACCAGUAUAGUAUCAGCUCGACAGAGAGCUGUUUUUUCAGUUUUCAAUCUGUGGGCUUACUUCACGUAUACAGUUUGACAGAAAAAGAGAAGGGAACUGAUGAGUUACAGUUUGAAGUGUAUCAUUUCAAUUUGACAUUUACAUAUGUAAAUACGCUCACUUUCACCUUAUAGUUGCUUUGUCUCUUUGUUACAAGAUCCUCUAAGAAUAAUGGAGUUACUGUUAGGCGUACGGCUGAAUCCAGUUGACAAAAUGUCAAUUGUCAAAAUGAACGAUAUUGAUGUUAAAAAUAACGUCGCUCAAUUGAGAACCAAGACUUCCGAACAAAUUAAUUCAGCAAGUGAUACUUUUGAUUUCAUUUACUGUGGAUGCCUUUUGGAGGAUGAGGCUAUUUUGGAAUCUUAUGGAUUAAAAAAUGGAUCUAUGAUUCACGUUUUAAAAAGGAAAGAAAAACGUCAUGCCACAUCAACAUUUGAAUUUGAAAUUAACGUAGAGAUGUUAGCUUCUAUGUAUAAAUCAGUCAUGUCUAAUCCAAUACUGGAAAUAGUUAUGAGGAGGUUAACAAAGAGGCUUGAUGAUAUAGAAAAUAUAAUUUCAUUCACUCCUGGGCUUAGCGAAGACGCUGUUGCAGUAGCAAUUUUGCAAGAUCCAGAUUUAAUGAUUCAUUUCACUAACGUUAAAUCGAUUAAAAAAAUAGCCGAAUUGCAUCCAGCUCUUUUAGAAGCUGCACAUCACAUUGCAUCAUCAGUUCAUGAUGAAGCUAGCAAAUUUUCAUCUUCCUCUUCAGCCAAUCCUUCAUCUCUGUUGAACGCACACAAUAGUAGUGGACAUUCUUAUAAUCUAGAAAGUGAUGAUGAAGAAAUGGCUGCAGAUUCUUCCCAGUCAUCAGACUCUACCCAGCCUUCAAGUAGUACUACACCGUCGAGAACAAACUCGGCAGUAAAUGCUCAGCUGCUUGCAGCUAUAUCCAGGGCAGCUAGGUCAGCUGCUACCGAAGCUAGUAAUACGACAAAUUCAGCACUGGUUCAGCCAUCACUUUCUCAGUCGAAUUCCAACAGCGGUGGAGUAAUAACCUUUGAAAUGUUUUACCAAGCCAUGCAGCAAGCUUUUGCAUCAAAUCCAAGUGUUAAUAAUCCGGGAAAUUCUGUGCCAGCGGUUCCACAAGCUCCUACACCUCCAGUCUCCUCAAACACGACGCCAAAUUCAUCUGCACCCUUAAACCUGGAGAGGCAAAUAGCUAUCAUGCACGAGAUGGGUCUUCCAUAUGAUUAUAUUAAUAUUCAAGCACUGCAAAUAACUAAUGGAGAUGUUCAAGCAGCGAUCGAACUAGUCCUCAGUGGGUUUGGAGAUAAUUAAUAAUCCAUUUUUUGUUUUUUUAUGUAUAAUUUUAAGCAGAGUGCAAAAUUGUGUUAUACCUAUAUA